AUGCCAACCAACACUUCCUCCCCUGUCAAGCGCCCCGGCCUGGGCCGCCGCGCUGUGUCUUCACAUGCGGUCGUCACGAGGACUAACGCAAACGCCGGCGCCAACCCCAACGAACUGUCGCAAUCUCACUCCUCCAGGACCACCACCGUACAUCAUAAGCCUCACCGCGCCCAUGUUGUGGGCGGUGGUCACCGCAACCACCAUCGAAACCCCUCUUUGGGAAAGAACCUGAACAAACUCCAGCGCUUCCAACUCGGCCCCGAGACCAGUGGCCGAAAUCACCAGCGCAAGAAGUCGGCCCCCGCAACUCCUAUCGGCAGCCCCAAGGGUCAAGCACAUGUACACUGGGCUGGGGCGGUGGAUGACCAUCCCAAGGACCAUUGGAUGAAGAGAAACUACUCGACCCCCAUUCUCCGACGGAAUAAUUCAGCAGCGAUAGUGAAGAAGACCCUGGUGACGGAGCGACCACACUCGAGCGCUGGAAAGAAGAAGUCGGUCGGAUUUGAGUUGGGGGAUGACGAUGAGAACGACGACGCCGAGUGGGAAGAUACCACACAAUCACCCGAAAGUACGAGGCGCAACUCCGUCGCCCCCUCCAACCAUAGCGCGGAUAACAAUCAGGUCUUGGUUGAUCCUCUUACAUUCGUGAAGCGGCCAUACCCGCAAAUUUCCCGGGCAACCAGUUUGCCUGAUUCUAUCACGAGCAAGCUUGUACGGGAACGGGAAUACCCUGAUCUAGACCACGAACACGACGACGAAGAGGAAGAGGAGGACGAGGAGGAGAACUCCGACGACACACAAAGGCCCGGUCAACCCACAGACCAGGGCGACAUCGCGAACCGCCUCCUGAGCCCCUCACACUCUGCCAAGGCACCGCCUGCCAUGUCCUCCAUCUCAGCGAUGGCGAAACCGUCGGAUUCAACCUCACGCAGCACCUCACUCAACCUGACUGGUGGCCUGGAUGCGGCUCGACGAACUUUCUCUACAUCCAACCUCGGCAUGGCCCAAAUGCCCGGCAGUCAACCAGGAGCUACGUCGUCCUCUAUGGAAGGCGGCGUCUCCAGAUUCAUCAUGAGUAACAAGUCCGGUCUCCAGUCGUCUUCACGAACGGACUCCGACCCGAACACUCCAUCCUCAUUCCUACCUCACUACCAUCCGCAAACACCCCCAUCUCCGAACCGCGCGAACGGCAAGUCUACCGCAUCGCCGGCACGUCCUCGCGGUGUCGAUCUACCCUCGCGAACCCAGCAGAAGCUUUGGCUUCAACGCACAGCUACGCUGAACAACUCCCCACCCGACUCUCAUGGCGUGCCCACAACGGUAUCACCGUCGAAUAUGGACACAGGCUUUGUUCCCGGCGGCCACUCUCGUGGUGGCUCGACCUUUGACGGAGCUCGUAGUAUGAACGGCAGCGGCCGCGCUGGAGUACUGGGCCACGAUACCGAAGCGCGUCAGAUUCGCAAGGCGUACGAGAAAAUCUCAUUGGAGCUCAUGGUGGCUCGUCGCUUCCAGUCACCCACGGCCGACAGCUUUUACCGCCUGCGCACAGUCGCCCGCGCAUCCGCAGUCAGUGCCGAGAACGCAUCUGCACUGGGCAAGCCAGUCCAGUCAGCCCCAUCACUGCCCCUUCUCCAGCGUGGUAAUCGUCCUACUCACCUUGGCUCGAGCGCCGAGACGAAGUCGCAGUUGCCUGAUCCCCACUCCUCGGCCUCUGAAGACCCCGCCACGCACAGCGAAUCCACCGAUACCACCCAGGCAGCUCCAUCCUCCCACCCAUCCCACCGGAUCUUGUCGACUUCCGAUGAAGCUGCGCAUGGCCUGACCGGUGAUCAUUCCUCGGAUGACUUCCCCGCUCUGAGCGAGAACGACCUGAUGAUUCGGCGGAUGUGGGAGACUCGGGAGGUAGCCACCUCUGGUUGA